AUGGAGAAAAGCUUGGAGAAGAAAGCUGAGCAAAAGAAAAGCCAGAUACAAAAAAUCAUCGAUGUCUCGACGCCUAGCCAGAUGCUAUGCCUGGCCUUAACCUUGAUACUUUUUAGUAAGAUUCCAGCCUGCAUCAGCAGUGCAAAUACCUAUUCAAGGUUCAGAAAAUUGGAGAACCCUAGCUAUGAUAGAGAGUCUUUGGAGGACUUCUGGAUUGUUAUCCCUUGCAGUCUUGUUAUUAGGUUGAUAAAGGUGGCGGUGAACAAAUCCUCUCAUUCCUACUUCAAGGGAAAGCUGCAGCAUAAGUAUUCUGGAGAAACAUUGGAGAAUAAAAUUGUCAAAUGUUCUAGAGGGAUCUUCAAGGUACUCUAUUUUACAUUUACUUUCUGCUUUGGACUCUUUGCUGUAUUAAGACAGACUCCGUUCGCAUCACCUACGAUGUUCGGAGAUGGAGAAAUGAUGUAUACUUUUGGAUCCUGGCCAUAUACUGUAAUGCCAUACGGAUUGAAGUUUUACUACCUACUUUCGUUCAGUUAUUACGUAGAAGAUGGAAUCAUGCAUCUUUUCAUGCCUCCUAAUUAUGAUUACUGGGAAAUGAUACUGCAUCAUACUCUUACUGCUAUGUUGAUCUUUGCUUCUUACAUGAAUGGGUUCUGGAACAUUGGAAUCUUCGUGCUCAUUCAAAUGGACAUGGAAGACAUCUGGAUCGGCAUGAUUAGAGUCGUCAUGGAUUACUCUUCCACAGCCGUAGUUGCAAUCCUUUACAGUUGAAUUAUGAUAAGCUGGGCCUAUUUCAGAUUCUACGCUUAUGUCAAGACAGUUCUUCUAGGAUUCUCUAUGGUUGGAAGGCUAGCUACAGAUAAUAACACAGAUGUCCAGCCCGUUAUUAACCUGCUACUUAUCACUCUCUUAGGGCUCAAUAUAUAUUGGUUCAUCUUGCUCUUAAAAAUGGGUAUAUGAAUUCUCAAAGGAAAGCCCAAGGAUUUGCAAAACGUAGUCACUAAGAAAGAUCUACAGGAUUAGGUCCAUAGGCUGGUGCCAACCAGUAGGUGCUUAUCUAAUUCUUUAAAUGAAAUCAGUAUUUU